CUUAUCUCACACUGCUUACGCCAGUUUUUGUGAAAAACAUUCCCUGUGAUUUUUAACUUUUCCCUAAUCCUUUUUUUCAUAAGUGCUCCUCUCAAAUGAAGCUCUCUCGGAGAAUGCGAUAACUUUAAAGAAGUGUGAUUCUUCGUGUAAACAGUGAAUUCCUCCUAUUGUAAGAAUCGUACCUAAUUAAGUGUGUAUUGUGGUUUCAUCAUGUAUCGAGGUACAAGGAAUUCCAUUUUACAGUAUUGUGAACCACCAAAAAGAGGAACCUUUUCAAUGGUGACUGUGCUAGGAUUUGCUAUAGCCACGAUUUUUCUCGCGUACUUAUCUUUUGGAAGCAGUCCCAAAGCGGAGCCUACCCUGCGCUUCGUCAGCAUUGUACAUAGACAUGGUGAAAGAGUACCCACUUUUACAUACCCGUUGGAUCCCUUUCAAAAUGAAUCUUUCUGGUCAGAAGGGAAAGGGCAAUUGAUGAACAUAGGUAAGCUCAAUAUUUAUGAGCUGGGAAAAUUUUUGCGGAGCCGCUAUGAUGGUUUUAUUCCGGCAAAAUACAAAUCCUCUCACAUUCAUGUUCGUUCAACCUAUGCUGAUCGAUGUAUCAUGAGUGCCCAAGUUCUACUAGCAGGAUUAUACCCUCCUGUUGACAGUCAGAUUUGGAAUAAGGAUCUUCUGUGGCAACCUAUUCCUGUACAUUCUGUUCCAAGGAAUAUGGAUAAUGUUUUAAUCUGUGGCACAACACCUUGCCCAUUGUUUGUGAAAGAAAAGGCAGCUGUUGUGAACAGCUCAAUACAGAAAAUGAUGGAUGAGCAUCGACAAUUAAUUGAUCAUCUGUCCAAAAUGACAGGUGUGGAAAUGAAAAGUGUUAUGGAUAUUGAGUUACUCUAUGAUAAUCUACUAAUUGCGGAAGAGCAAGGGUAUAAACUUCCUGAAUGGACCCAUGGUAUCUAUCCUGACAAACUGAAACCAUUUGCCAUGGCAUCGCUAUCUGUAUUUUCAGAAACACCAACUUUAAAGAAGUUAUGUUCAGGGCUUCUAAUACAUGAGAUCAUUACAAACAUGAAAAAUAAGACGAGUUCAGCCGACUUUGACCGUCUUUUAACAUUAUAUUCGGCACAUGAUCUGACCGUACUUUCUCUGUGGCGAAGUUUAGGUGUAGUUCAAGAAGUACCAAAACCUAAUUAUGGUGCUACUUUCAUCAUUGAACUACAUCAGAUGAGUAACAAGUAUUUUGUAAAGUUGUUGUACAAGAACCAUGCUCUGGACAAAGAACUGACUGUCCUGAAUAUUGAAGGCUGUGAUAGUGUCCAUGACGGGAUGUGCGAUCUUGAUCAUUUUGCCACUGCUCUAAAAUCUGUCAGCAUUAGUAACUAUGACCAAGAAUGUAAUAAAUAACUGAAAUCGUAAGUAAUCGAUAUUGAGUAAUAAUAAUGGUAACUGAAAAAUUUCAUUUCCGCACCUAUCUACCAUUCAAGUAUUAUAGCGCACAUUCUAAGGAGAUGGGUCUGCUAUAUUUCAUAUUAGAAACAAAAGUGUGAUGCAAAGUGCCUUACAGUGGGAAAUGAGGUACAUAUAAAAAGUACUUAGAUGAACUAAACUGUGUUUUGUAAUCAGGUCUCUGAAUGAUAGUUUAAUGUCCUAUUUUUCCUGCUGCUUUGUCAAUAGUACAUCUAAAAUUGUCCGUCAUACAGUUAUAAAGUCAUGUUCAAAAUUCUGCAGCCAACUUUACGCAAAGGAGAAAGAUUUUUUGUGUCUCCAUAAAUAUUUUUUUCUCUCUUUAUUUUUUAAAUUUUAAGUCAUAUCAACUGCUCUUUUUAAUCAUUGAACUUAAGAUUAUUAGAUCUGAUACCACAUGACCCCAUUUGAAUCAUCAUUUUCAGCAAAUGGUAUGAUCAAUUUCGUAUGUGCUUGCUCAGCCACGAUGAAGCUAAAAGUGCUCUCUUUGAAAUUAUCAUCUUAGCUUCUUGUAAUUUCCAACGCGCAUCUCACCAAGUAAAGUAUCUCAAAAGUAUUAAUGUUAAAUUUGCAUUUAUUGAUACGCGAUUAAAUCAGCUUGCCCAUCGGUGUGAUUUUCAAGUUUUUGACCGAAUAGUACGCAGACUGGGCAAUUAUUUCUACAUGACAGAAUGCAUAUACCUGAGUCUUUCAUCAUUGUAGGAAAUGGGUUUUAAUGUAGUGUGAAUUAAUAUUUUUUCCAUUGAUUUAACAGAGAUUAAUGAUCUCAGUGUCAUUCUCAGUUGCUCUGCUCAAGUUAAAAGUAUGAAUGUGAGUGGGUAUGAAGCACCUCUCACAUGAGAGACAGAAGUAGCCAUUAUGUCUAAAUAACAUUGUUAGGAACAACUACCAAUGGCUAUGGUACAAUGUCAGCAAUUCUGUCACUAAUGUAAGAUUAGUGACAAUGUUAGGUUUAGUGUAAGGUUAGUAAUGUGUGAUUAGUGAAAGUAAGAAAACAAGUUUAUAUGUAAUUUCCUCAUUAAACAGUCUUCCAUUAGUUUUUAUUGAUGUUCGUCCAAUCAAUUACAUGUAAAUAAUAGUUAUUAAAAAUGCUGUGAGAAAUUAUGCUUUAGGAAGCUGUCAGAGGACUAGUUGGAAUAGUCAAGUUUCCUAUUCGAAAAAGGAUAAUGUGUAUGUAAAAAAAUAACACAGGCCCAAAAAAAAAGGAGAAAAGGCGAAGUAUGGAUGGAUGAAGGAGAUGAACCAAGGCCAUUUUUAAAUCAGCACGAUGAUACACACAAUAAUUAUCCACUCCAAGUUCAGCUUCUUUUUUAGUGCAGACCUGAGAAUUUUACGAACACAUAUCAACCCCCAUUUUGACAUUCCGAGUCUAUGACUAUCUUGCAGCUGUAAACCUCAAUUCUAGCUUUUGUUUUGUGCCAAUGAGAAUGUAAAUCAAAUGAUUAAAUAAGACAUUUUGUUCACUUUUACUCGUUUUAUCAAUUAACUUUUUAAGAAAUUGUUCAAUUUUAAUCAAUGAAUAAGUUUUAUUUUAUACAAUUUUUUAUCAUGUUCAAUUUUUCUAUUUUCGUUAGGUAUUUUUAGUCUGAUGCAAACCACUGGAUUAUACAACUGUUGUAAUAUAGAAAAUAAGACCGCAAAAAUGUGUAGUGGCUGUUUUUUUUUUCUAUUUACAGCAACUGAUAAGUUCGAUGCACAGAUUACUUUGAUUUUUUGGGACCCUUUAACUUCUUUAAUUUAUUGAUGAGAAGUUGAUAAAUUCAGCCAACUUAAGCUGAAGCUCCAGGAAACCAGUUUUAUUCAUGUCACCUAGUCUAGAAAAAAUUUUUUCAACCACUUACUCAAUAUAAUGAGAAAAAUGGAUUGUUCGAGAUUGAACAUAUUUUCUUAAUGAUGGUGUCUAACGAUGAGUGUACCUGUCAAACUACCCCCAUUAUUUGUUUUGAAGAUUUUUGCAUUUAUUAGUUUUAUUUGUUUUUGAAUCUACCAAUAAACUGUUUUUAUCAUUUUCACA